AUGGCAGCAAACAUCAAUGAGCGGAUGAUGCAACUGUGUUGGUGGUCAGAUGCAACCGACAUGGGAGCAAGUUGCCACCGUGCUGGGGGUUUCAUAAGCAUUGACUGCGGAUAUACAGCAAGGCCUGAGUACACUGACCGCAAGACAAAUUUAACGUAUGUAAGCGAUGCGGGUUUCACUGAUGCAGGAUUAAGCCACACGGUUGACUUGGGUAGAGUGUUGAGAGCCGACCUUGCACAACGCUACUCUACUGUCCGCUUCUUCCCCAACGGAACGCGCAACUGCUACACGAUGCGGUCCCUGGAAUCUGGUGGCAAGUACUUCGUCAGGGCUGUGUUUGCUUAUGGUGACUAUGACACGCUAAACAAACCCCCAACCUUUGAUCUUUAUUUUGGGGUCAACUACUGGACGACGGUGACCAUUGUCAAUGCCAGUAUGCCAUAUGGGUUUGAUAUGAUCGGCAUAUCCCCUGCCAACUACUUGCAGAUUUGCUUGGUGAACACAGAAUCAGGAACUCCUUUCAUCUCAGGGCUUGAUUUGAGGCCGCUCGCAGCAAACCUCUAUCCGGAGGUCAAUCUGACACAGUCCCUGGUUUUGCUCAGCUUUUUCCGUCCGACAGUCGCUUUUGGGUUCAACCGCUACCACUUUGGAACAGACGAUCACCACAUUAGGUACCCAGUUGAUCCCUACGACCGUGUGUGGCAGAAGUAUGAAGAUGUUCCCAGCUGGACGGACGUGUUGAACAAAACCAACGGGACAGUCAAGAAUCCUCUGACCGACCAAUACGGUCCACCAUCUGCACUGAUGCGUAGUGCGUCCACCCCAUUGAACGCCUCGAGAAUGGACAUAUCGUGGAGCACGGAUUCAUCCAUGAGUCCUGCUGCUGACACCAGUUACAUUGUGCUACUCUAUUUCACUGAGUUGGAAGUAGUACAAGGCACGAGACAAUUUCAUGUCUUUGUGAAUAACAACCCGUUAGAGGCUGCAUUCAGUCCGACCUUCUUGGAGACUACUGUUCUUCGGGGGACCGUGCAAGGCCCUGGUCCUCAUAUUGUCUCUCUUGUAGAGACAUCAAGCUCCACGCAUCAGCCUGUGAUUAGUGCCAUGGAGAUCUACAUGCUGCGUCCGUUUAAUCAAUCUAGCAUUGACUCACAAGAUAAAAAGAAGAACAAGACAAUACUCGUGCUCCAGAUUGCUGUUCCACUAAUUGCUGCAAUGGUUCUACUGUUUGUGGCUCUACUUGUGCUUUGGCAGAAAAGUAAGAAGAAACCAGAUUUGGCUCGUUCCACUCGUCCAUUUGAGAACCGGAGGUUCAAGUACAAGGAGCUCAAGCGCAUCACAAAUAACUUCAACCGUGAAAUUGGAAGGGGUGGGUUUGGCCCUGUCUAUGUCGGUUAUUUGGAGGAUGGAACUCCUGUUGCAGUGAAGAUGCAGUCUAAGGCAUCUUUACAAGGGAAAGAAGAAUUUCUGGCUGAGGCUCACCACCUGGCUAGGGUUCAUCACAGGAAUUUGGUCUCUUUGGUUGGUUACUGCAAGGACAAGAAACAUCUAUGCCUUGUCUACGAGUACAUGGAUGGUGGGAAUCUACAGAAUCGGCUCACAGGUCAAGAACCACUUAAUUGGCUGCAACGCCUUAAUGUUGCGUUGGACUCUGCCUAUGGGCUGGAGUACUUGCACAAAUCCUGCAGCCCGCCGUUGAUCCAUAGAGAUAUUAAGACCGGGAACAUCCUUCUAACUGCCAAUCUGAAUGCCAAGUUGUCGGAUUUUGGGCUGUCAAAGGCUUUCAGCAGUGAAACCAGAACACACACGACCACCCGGGUGGCCGGUACCCCUGGAUACCUUGACCCGGAGUACCAUGAGACCUCCCAUCUAAGAGAGAGCAGCGAUGUGUACAGCUUUGGGACUGUUCUCCUGGUGCUCAUCUCGGCGCAACCAGCGAUCAUCACCGUCGGCACAGAAAGGAAAGCCAUCGGCCGUUGGGUGCGAGUCAGGCUCUUGGAAAGCGAUAUCGAGAGCGUGAUUGACCCAAGGAUAAGGGGAGAUUGCGAUCUCAACUCGGUAUGGAUGGUGGUGGAACUGGCUCUGCACUGCACGGAGCACAAGGGGCAGGACCGGCCAAAGAUAGCAGAGGUUGUGGAGCGGCUCAAGGACAGCUUGCAGCUGGAGACGUCGUCGCGCUCUCUGAGGUCCAACUCCAACUCGAGCGGGGCAGGUGGUUCUGUGUCUGCGGACGCCGAGUCUGUUGGUGUCCUUGACGCUGAACUCAGUGGAGAGGCAUCAGCGCGGUGACAUGCGUGCUUGGAUCGUCGCUGAGGCUCGCUCAACUGACCGGACAAACAUCGGCACUGUAGCCGGAGAAACUUGUUAGCUAAGAGCAUCUUCAACAGUCCGUAUGUUCAAUCGUUGGUAUAAGGGCAUCUCCAAUGGUUG